AUGAAGAUAUUGAAUGUAGCAGAGAAACCAUCGGCAGCUGCUGAGAUAUCAACAAUAUUAUCAGGUUCAAGAAAGAGACAGAGAGAUGGAUUCUCAAGGUUCAAUUGUGUAUGGGACUUCAAUUGUAAUAUACUUGGUACUACCGGUGCUGAUAUGGUGUUCACAUCAGUGCUUGGACAUCUGAUGAGUACAGAUAUGGAGCCACCUUAUAACAAUUGGAACUAUUGUGAUCCAAUAGACUUGUUCGAAGCACCAAUUUACAAGCUUGUCGAUGGUGACAAUAACCCGAAUAUAUUCAAGACUUUGCAGCGAGAGGCGAGACAAUGCGAUCACCUUAUUCUCUGGCUUGACUGUGAUCGCGAGGGCGAGAACAUUGCCUUUGAGGUACUCGAAUGUGUCAAACAAGUCAAGAGCAACAUCCGUGUGCACAGAGCACACUUCUCAUCGAUCAUUCCAACUGCCAUCAAGAGAGCGAUUGAAACACUGACACCACCAAACCAGAAGGACUCAUUGGCUGUGGACUGCAGGAUUGAGAUUGAUCUGCGAUUGGGAGCUGUGUUUACUCGAUUCCAAUCGACAUACUUGAGGAGUAGGUUCGACAUUGAUUCACAGGUCAUCAGUUAUGGUCCAUGCCAAUUCCCCACAUUGGGAUUCGUCGUGGAACGAUUCCUUCGUAUUGAGAACUUUGUUCCCGAGGACUACUGGUCGAUCGGCGUCACACACAACCGAAUGUCUGACGGGGAGAUGCGCUCGGCCAGCUUUGGAUGGAAACGCAAUCGACUGUUUGAGCACGCUGCUGCCUUUGUCCUCUACGAGAAGUGUCUCGACUCGCCCGUUGCCACUGUGGUCGAUGUCAACAUCAGAGAGAACAGAUACAGACCCGUGCCUCUGACCACAAUCGAGUUGCAAAAGAUGGCCUCCAAGAAGCUGAGGAUAUCAUCCGAUCAGACGAUGAAGCUGGCAGAGGAGCUCUACAACAAGGGCCUCAUCAGUUACCCGCGCACAGAGACUGACGCAUUCGUCCCCGACACUGACUUUAUGGGUCUGAUCUCACUGCAGACCAACGAUCAGCAGUGGGGCCAGUAUGCGCGCUCCCUUGUCAAUGGCGAGUUUGUGAUGCCAAAGGAGGGCCGAAACAACGACAACUCACAUCCGCCAAUCCAUCCCACCAACCAUGCUGGCGGACUGACGGGCAAUGCCAAGGCACUCUACGAGUUCAUCACCAGGCGAUUCCUGGCAUGCUGCUCGCGCGAAUCGGUCUAUGGCCAGACGACUGUCACCAUUGACAUUGCAGGCGAGCGAUUCUCCGACUCGGGAUCCAUGUUGCUACAGAAGGGUUAUCUCGAGGUGUAUCCAUAUGACAAGCGAGGUGAUCGUGUCAUCCCCACAUACACGUUGGGCGAGACAUUCCCACCCAACAGCAUCGACCUAAACAAGAGCAGGACGGUUGCGCCAAAGCCGCUGUCCGAGCCAGAGCUACUAUCGGCCAUGGACAACAACAAGAUUGGCACCGAUGCCACGAUGGCCCAACACAUCAAGAAGAUAUUGGACAGGGAGUAUGUUGUCAAGAAUGAAGAGCAUCGAUUCAUACCGACAAACUUGGGAAAGGCGUUGAUUCAAGGUUAUGACUCGAUGGGCUUUGAGUUCUCCAAGCCAACUUUAAGAGCAAAGAUUGAAGCUGAUGUUCAAAAGAUUAGCACUGGAACAAUGAACAAGGAACAGGUGUUGAAGAAUACAAUCGAUCAAUAUAGGAUACUAUUCGUUCAAGCUCGAACUCAGACAAAAAUGCUUGAUAUAGCAUUCAACAAGUACUUUAGAUCAUAUGGACAUCAGUUCAAGACUAUAACAAAGACGUUUACAAAGUGUGGCAAGUGCGAGAAUCCAAUGGAGAUAAAGCUAUCCAAUAAUAAUAAUGGAGAAUUGUCUGUGAAUGCAACGAGAUGUCCACUGUGUCAGUUCCAAGUUGUAUCAGUGACAAAUGAAACUGGAUAUGUCUACACCAUGUGUCCAUACUGCAGGAACAAUCCGCCAAGCUUCUUCAAUGAACCUUCAAAACCAUUCCACUGCUUCCAAUGUACUGCACAAUGUACACUGGCAAGAGGACAUACGUACAAACCCGCAGCCAAACAAUUGCCAGCACCAAGUGCCAACAAGUACAAGGCACAAGCCAAGCCAGCUGCGGGAUACAACAAACGACCAGCGUCAGCAAUCAAUGAUUGGUAA